GCAUCGACCAACAGGAGAGGAAAAAAAAAAUAAAAAAUCACUCGCCUGUCUCGCAGAGUCCCAGACUUCAGGAUGGCGAACAUCAGACUUGGUGCUGUGGCCCUGCUGGCUCUUUUAACUCUCGGCUUUUUCCUGGAGCAGGCGGACGCAGCAGGUUGCUGCCUGUCGUACGUCAAGAAGCCAUUCCCCUGUCACAGGAUGAAGGGCUACACCAUUCAAGACAGUAAAACUACCUGUGACAUGGACGCUAUCAUCUUCCACACUAAAGGGGGAAAGUUCAUCUGCGCUGACCCCUCAAAGGAGUGGACCUCCAGGAGAAUCAACUGCUUAAAAGAGAGGGCCCAGAGCAUCGCAUAAAGAACAAUCCUGGCCCCAGGACAUCACAAGGCACAAGACAAUGAAGGAAUUUAUGAAGCUAUGCAACUUCUUCUCUGCUACCCUCUCCUGGGCUUCUCUCCAACUGUCGGAUAUGUGGAUGUUUUUGCUUGCUUCACAUUACGCAAAUUAUAUCAUUUUAAACUUUUUGGUUUUUAAAUGAGACAACAUUUCAAAAUACCUUUCCAAAAUGCAUGG